CAUGAAAUCCGUGUCCUAUGGACAAAAAAAAAAAAAACAAAAAAGAAAUCUACAACAGGGUAUUUUGUUUUUCUAGAGAGAGAAAGUGUCCGUGUCAAGUUUUUCUAGAGGGAGAAAACCAAACGACACUUUUUUUUUCCCGGAGAGAGAAAGCUUCUGCCGCUAAAUUCGGCGGAGAUUUUAGUGGUGCUCUGCCACCUUGAUAACGUGAGCAGCGUCUUCUUCUUUCCCUUGCUAACGUGCGCCGGCCGGCUGGAAGAUUUUUUUGGGUUUGAUUUGUUCUGGUGUUCAUGUUUUGGUUUGAACUGAACUGGGUUGAAUUUGAAUUGGUUUGUUGGAGCUUCUGAAUUGUUAAAGUAGUGAUCUUUGAGGUUUGAUUUAUCAUCAUUAGCAUCUUCGGUUGGUUUUAUGAUAGAAAGGUAGGAUCUUGUGAAAGCUUGGAACUUUGGAAGAGCAAAAAUGGCUGAUACUGAUGAGGGUAAUACCGAUGUGAUGCAAUUUGGAAGUUCCACAACUUCGAUUCCUAGACAACCCAUGUCAAUGAACCAACUUGAAAUUCCUCCGUUGAAUCCUAAUCAAAUCCGUGCCAGACAUUUCUCUCAUUUUGGUCAAAACUUAAGUGGUACCGAUGCUAGCAAAAGAGUUGGCAUGCCUCCUUCUCACCCCAGCCAGAUCCCACCUAUAUCGCCGUACUCACAGAUCCCGGUGUCCCGGCCUGUCAACCAGCCUACUGGUUCACAAAAUUUCAGCCAUGGACCACCGACUCACUCGCGGUCGUUGUCGCAGCCUUCUUCCUUUUUCUCUCUUGAUCCAUUACCCCCACUAAGCCCGUUUCCUUUCCGGGACUCCUCAUCUACUUCAGCUUCAGACCAAGUUUCCGCAGAUGUGUCAAUGGAAGAUAAGGAUGCAGGGUCACAUUCUUUGUUGCCACCAUCACCAUCACCUUUUACUAGGGCGAAUUCAGGGCGGUUUGGUGAGGGUUUGCCCCCACGCAAAGCUCAUAGGCGGUCAAGCAGUGAUAUUCCAUUUGGGUUUAAUAACAUAAUGCAAUCUUCCCCACCCCUUAUUCCAUCAAGGGGUCCAGUUGGUUUGGAGAGGUCGGUUUCGGGAAGGGAAAAUAUGGGUGUCUCUAAGCCUGCUCAAUUAGUGAAAAAGGAAACGAGCUGGGAUCGAUCUGGUGAUGGCAAUGCUGAAGGAAUGGGUGAGAGGAAAUCUGAAGGGGAAACCGUGGAUGAUUUGUUUUCUGCUUAUAUGAAUUUGGACAACAUUGAUACAUUGAAUUCUUCGGGCACAGAUGAUAAGAAUGGUACUGAGAAUCAUGAAGAUUUGGAUAGUAGAGCCAGUGGAACAAAGACCAAUGGCGCUGAGAGCAGUGAUAAUGAAGUGGAAAGCAGUGUGAAUGAAAGUGGCAAUAGUAAAAGGGAAGGGAUCAAAAGGAGUGCAGGAGGAGAUAUUGCGCCUACCAGUAGACAUUAUAGAAGUGUAUCCAUGGAUAGUUUUAUGGGCAAGUUGAACUUUGGCGAGGACUCGCCAAAACUGCCACCUUCUCCAGGAACUCGUCCAGUUCAACUCUCACCCAGCAAUUCAAUGGAUGGGAACACUCCUGGUUUUAGCUUGGAGUUUGGCAAUGGAGAGUUUAGUGCGGCCGAACUGAAAAAGAUUAUGGCAAAUGAGAAGCUUGCUGAGAUUGCAAUGACUGACCCAAAGCGUGCCAAGAGAAUUUUGGCAAAUCGUCAAUCAGCUGCUCGUUCCAAAGAACGAAAGAUGCGAUAUAUUUCAGAAUUGGAGCAUAAGGUUCAGACUCUGCAGACUGAAGCCACUACAUUGUCAGCACAGCUAACACUUCUACAGAGAGAUUCUGUUGGGCUUACUAAUCAGAAUAACGAAUUGAAGUUUCGUCUUCAAGCCAUGGAGCAGCAGGCACAACUCCGUGAUGCUCUAAACGAAGCAUUGACAGCAGAGGUCCGACGCUUGAAGCUUGUUACUCAGGACCUGAGUGGUGAUGCAGACCCUUCCAAAGGCAUGGUCUCCCAGCAGCACCCUAUUACCUCCCAGAUGUUUCAGUUGCAACAGCAGCAACUUUCUCAGCUGAGCAUCCACCAACAGCAGCAGCAGCAGCAACAGAAUGGGAGCACAACCAAAAAUCCAGAGUCGAAUCAGUAGGUCGUGAGUAAUGCGAAGAGUUAUUACUUCCCAUCUACUUAUUCAGUAGUAACAUUCAUCGCAUUCCUUCAUUAGUUUUCCAUCUCCAACAAGUUCGAAAGUUAUGGUGAUUACCAAUUCAAGCUGCAUCAGAUGUCUUUCUCGGACCAUCUAUGAAGUCAUAUAUAGCCUAAAUAAUUAUGUCAUAUCUAUAAUUAUAGCUUUAAUUUAAUUUAUUGGAAUGUAAACUAUCUUGACAUGAAUUUGUUUUGUUGACAUUAGAAGAGUUGAACUUAAUUACUCUUCAAACUUCAUUUCAGUAAAGAGUUGGUAUCCAU